CGCCUCCGGAGCUCAGGCCGGUCGACCGUCUCCCCCCACCCGUCAACCCCAAAGCCAGGCGGGCACCCCUAUGCAGGUGUCCACCUCGCUCCUCGGCGUUUCCCUUGGAAGUUAGCGUGAUUCAUUUCCGAAGGAGUCCACGCCUCGCUUUUCGGUUCGGUCAUGAUGAGAGGAAGGCGGGCGUGUGAGAAGGAACAUUGUUGUCGUCGUCGUAAUUCACUUUGUGUAACGAGCUAGCUUUAACCCCCCUCGGUGGUUUUUGCUUCUCGUUUUUAUUUUUUUAGUACUCUAAACAUAAACCGUCCCUAAUUAAUUUUCUCGGCGGACGAGGAGGAGCAUCCCACUUUUAUUACCCGCCGUGAACGACCCACACGAGAGAGGGAGAGAAACCCGGGCAGGAGUCAACAUGUUCGAGACAAGAGGAAUCCCCUUCGUGGUUCUCGACGUCGUCUGCCUUGUUUUAGUUGGACUCCCGUUCGCAAUACUCACCGCGCAACACAAACCGUUCCGCCGAGGCUUUUUCUGUCGCGAUGAGUCGAUCAAGUACCCGCUUAAAGAGGACACCAUUUCCUAUCAGUUGUUAGGAGGUGUCAUGAUUCCCCUCACAGUACUCACUAUGAUCUUCGGCGAGUGCCUGUGCGUGUACCUCAAGCGCCUGCAGUCCAAGUCGUCGUACGGCAGCUACGUGGCGCGCGUCUACAAGGCGGUGGGCACCUUCCUGUUCGGCGCCGCCAUGAGCCAGUCGCUCACCGACAUCGCCAAGUACUCCAUCGGCCGCCUCCGGCCGCACUUCCUUGACGUGUGCAGGCCCGACUUUAAGGGGAGCAACUGCUCGAUGGGCGUCUACAUAGAGGAUUUCGCCUGCACAGGAAACCCCACCAUGGUCAAUGAGGGCAGGUUGUCUUUCUAUUCCGGCCACUCGUCCUUCUCUAUGUACUGCAUGCUGUUCCUGGCGCUGUACCUGCAGGCCCGCAUGCACGCAGAGUGGGCUCGCCUGCUGAGGCCCACCAUCCAGUUUUUCCUGAUCGCCGCCUCCGUGUAUACAGGCCUGUCACGUGUGUCCGACUACAAGCACCAUUGGAGCGACGUGCUCACAGGCCUCCUGCAGGGGGCGCUCAUGGCCAUCCUGGUGGUGUUUUUUGUGUCCGACUUUUUCAAGCAGCCCCUGGAGGCCCGCAAGGAGGCCGACAUCCCCCACACCGGCCUCCGGGAGACGCCCACUAACGGAAACCACUUUGAGAGUCCAAACUAAAACUUCACACAUUUCAGUCGCCUGCAUGUAGAGUCGAUGCGCCUCAGACAUCUUAUUUUAUUAUAUUCAAAUGUUGUCUUUUAAAUGUGGUUCCAGCGACAGAUGCUGGCUCAAGACUGUCCCAAGGACGCCAUUUUAUCUACUGAGCCGGUGGGAAGAUUGUACUGCAUGCACCCACCGGUGAAAAGGGAUU